UCGGCAAUGCUCAGUGUCGGACGCUCCAGCGUGUCGGAGAGACGCGUGCGCACAUAAAUAUACGAAUUCUUAUACGUACUUUGGGCUAUAAAAAGCUCACGUUCCUCCUAUAUUAUUAAUAAAACGCUAGCAAUCGGCAAAUAGAUAAAAAGUGCAUUCAAACACGUGGAUAGCAGGCAGUUUCAUUGAAAGUAGCUAGUUUAUCACAAUCGAACACAUGUUGAACGACAAGCGGAAUGUAAAUGGCACAGCCUCAGGUGCCUCAGCGGACCACGAGUGUCCCACUGCAUCCAAUGGGCAUUUCGUUGGGCCGGAGACUGAGGCUGGGAGAGUGGAGGCAUCCGCUGAUGAAGAUAACUCCCUGGAUGCCAUUCUGGUGCGAAUUGGGCAAUUCGGGCGCUUUCAGUUGAUCAAUUAUGCUUUAUUGUGUGUGCCCAUGGUGUUCAAUGCAUUUUUCUCGAUCUCAUACGUCUUUACCGCCAGCACGGUGGUGCACAGAUGUAAUGUCACGCAAUGCGACAGCCCUGGCAGCGUGUACGAGGAACCUUGGCUAAACUUUACGGUGCCGUUUAAGAACUCCGCUUGGGAUUCGUGCAGCCGUUAUGAGAGCACGCUUGAAUCUCAGUCGCCAACAUUUAGCGAGCCUUCAACUAAGUUUUGUGCAGCUGAAUACUUUGGCAAUCGCACAGAGAACUGCGGCACAGAUUUCAAAUUUCGUGAUGAAGAGAAAACCAUAUCCACAGAGUUUGACAUCUUUUGCAAAGACGAGUGGAAGCUCUCCAUGGUGGGCACCGUGAACAAUAUUGGCCAAUUUGUGGGCAUACCUCUGGGUGGCUAUUUUGCAGAUCGCUAUGGACGUCGCACUAUGUUGGCCAUUGCCGGAGGUCUGAGCGCUCUAAUGGGCGUCAUUCGUUCAUUAUCCACAAAUUAUGCUAUGUUCUUGUGCUUCGAGUUCCUGGAUAUGGCUGUGGGCAGCACACUCUUUCCCACUGCCUUUUUGCUGGCCAUCGAGCUGGUGGGGCCCAAGCGUCGUGUGGCGGCGGCAACGAUCAUCACAAUUUUCUAUUCUAUUGGCGAGGCGUUGCUGGGCGUCUUGGCGUCACAAGUGCAGAACUGGCGCUGGCUGUUGCGAGUGCUCUAUUUGCCAGCCAUCUUGCAUGUGCUGUUCCUUUGGAUUCUGCCCGAGAGCGUGCGCUGGCUGCUCUGCCGGGGCGAGGAGAAACGAGCGGCGGAAGUGCUGAGGCGAGCAGCUCACAUCAAUAAACGACCUCUGCCAGAGGAGCAGAUCGAGGAGCUGCUAUCCAACAAUCGCCAGAAGCUGCAGCAGGCCAAUGAGAGUCAAUAUCCCAUUAUGCAGGCGGCUCGCUUCUUUGCCUGGCGCAUUGCCAACUGCUGCUUCUGCUGGUUCACCCACACGCUGAUUGCGCUCGGACUGAGCCUGAACUCGGUGAAUCUGGGCGGGAGCAAGUACAACAAUUUCAUGUUGAAUGGCUUCGUGCAGAUUCCGGGUCUGAUUCUGCCACUCAUCAUCAUGGACCGCAUUGGCCGAAGGUAUUCGCUGUGCAUAUCCAUGUUGGUAUGUGCCAUUUGCAUGGCCGCCUCAACUGCAGUCGGAUCGGAUGACUAUGCGGGCUCCUUGACGCUGUUCCUCAUCGGAAAGCUGGCAAUUACGUGCAGCUUUCAGAUCUUAUACUUCUUUACCUCGGAGAUCUUUCCCACAAAUGUGCGCAAUAGCUUGCUCUCGCUGUGCUCUAUGAUUGGACGCAUUGGCUCCAUGCUGGCGCCGCAAACUCCUUUGCUGGCCAAAUACUAUGAGCAUGCGCCGUCUAUACUAUUUGCCACCUUCGCCUUGGUCAGCGGGUUUCUGACGCUAGGCUUUCCCGAGACGGCCGACAAAGUGCUGCCCACCACAAUGGAGGAUGCUCGGGACUUGGACGCUGCGCGUCCACCACUCUCGGAGGACAGUGAAGACCAGGAGAUGCCUCGAAAGAUGUGUUAAGCAAGUUGAGCUCGAGCUUCAGCUGGUUUGCCAAAGAUUUUACAUGUUUUUGUCCAUGCGAAAUGCAUUUCUUGUUGAGUUUUUAAUAAGUUUGUACUGUCUAUAGUAUUAAGUAAAAGUGUCGACUAUUCUUGUAUAGUAUUCCUCUUUUUUUUUAAAUCAUAUAUAAAACAAAACUAAAUCAAAAUGUGAAAGCAAAUUAAGAAGAUUAAGAACUUUGCCUAUGCUGUUG